AUGACACACAAAUAUGAAACUCUUGUUGGCGAACGUGGUAUCCAGUUGAGUGGGGGAGAGAAGCAACGCAUUGCAUUGGCUCGAGCUCUUAUUAAACAACCAAAUGUUCUUUUACUAGAUGAAGCAACGAGUGCACUUGAUAAUGCGAAUGAAAGAAUCGUCCAAGAAGCACUUGAUCGAAAUCGCAAAGAUCGUACAACAAUUAUUAUUGCGCAUCGGUUAAACACAAUAAAAAAUGCUGAUUAUAUAUACGUAUUAGAAAAUGGAGUUUUGAUUGAAGAAGGUACUCAUGAAAAUUUGAUGGUAGUACCGGAAGGCAGGUAUCAAGCUAUGUUCAAGCGUCAAGAGAUAGAAAGAAUAAGUGAUAAUAUGGAUGAUACGCCAUACAUGCAAAAAGUUACAGAAGAAGAAAAUUUAGCUUAUGAAUACUCUCAUCGACUUAGUAUGAGUGAAAUGGUUGCUGAGCACAAAGCUGUUGAGAAACCUUUUAGUCAAAUAUCUGUCUUCUUAAGACUUUUGACAAUGAAUCGCCCUGAAUGGAUCAUUAUUUUAAUUGGGUGCAUUGGGUGUAUUUUUGUUGGUGGUUCGCAAUCAUUAUUUGGUUUUUUGCUUGCGAGAGUAAUUCAUGCUUUUAAAUAUUAUCCCGGAGCAAAACAAAGAAGUCAUGUACUAAACGCUAGUUUGAUCUUUUUACUUGUGGGUGUUUUUAUAUUAAUUGCUCGUCUCGUUCAAUAUACAGCUUUCGCCAUCUCUGGAUCGAAACUGACGCAGCGAUUUCGUUCACAAGCUUUUGAAUGUCUUCUUCGUCAAGAGGUGGCUUAUUUUGAUCGAAUUGAACAUAGUUCUGGUGUAAUAUCAGCUCAUCUUUCUUCUGGUGCAAUAGCUGUUCAAGAGCUGGCUGGCACAAGAUCAGGAGUAAUUUGUGAAAUUAUCGCGCUCAUGUUAUUCGGAAUUGCGUUAGGAUCUAGUUUACAUUGGCAAAUAGGAUUAAUAAUUGCUGCUUCAUUGUGUACGUUUCUUAUCAUCAUAUACACGAAAUGCCGCAUAGUAGCCCCGCUGAAUGAGCAGAUAGAUUCGAUUGCUGGACAGUCCAGCAUGUUUGCAAUUGAAGUUGUUCAAAACCUACGUACCGUAAAGCAUUUACUGGUAGAGAAGGAAGUUCUAAGAAAAUAUACUGGAUUUGUUAAACAGAUAUCCAUAUUAUUUAGAAAGUCGUUGAUAAUAUCCACAAUAGAAUUCAGUAUUUAUUGGGCAUUCGACCUUUAUGUUUUGGCUUUUUUAUAUUUAUGCACUUUUAAUCUGCUCAAAAAUCAUGAGAUUUUCGCAAAUAACAUCAUGAUGGUCUUGUCUGUUGCUAUAUUUUCAACACAAGCAUCAAAAGUCAUAGGAUUCAUGUCAAACCGUCUUGCCGCAUCAUUCUCGGGUGCCGAGUAUUUUUUUAAUAUAUUUGAUAGAAAACCAUAUAUAGAUAACGGAUCAACCGAGGGACAACUAUUGGUUGAUUUUCAUGGCAAUAUUAGUUUUGAUCAAGUCAAAUUCAUUUAUCCAAAUCGACCAACAUCUAUCAUUCUUAAAGGAUUUCAAUUAAACAUUCGUUCAGGUCAAACUGUAGCUCUUGUUGGUUUAUCUGGAAGCGGAAAAUCAACAAUUAUUCAAUUGUUAGAAAGGUUUUAUGAUGCUACUAAAGGCAACAUAUUUCUUGACGGAAUAGAUAUUCGACAGUUGAACAUUCACUCGCUUCGUUCUCAUUUUGGUCUAGUCACUCAAGAACCUGUGUUGUUUGAUUUAACCAUUGCUGAAAACAUAGCAUAUGGUUUGGAACAUGUUCAAAUGGAUGAAAUUAUCAGUGCAGCAAAAAGAGCUAACAUUCAUCAAUUUAUUGAACAAUUGUCUGAGGGCUAUGAAACAAGGAUAGGAGAGUACGGUCGUUUUCUCUCUGGCGGUGAAAAACAGCGUAUUGCGAUUGCUCGAAUUCUAAUUCGUCGGCCUAAAGUCUUUCUCUUUGAUGAAGUUACUAGUGCGAUGGAUUCAUACAAUGAAAAAAUUAUACAAGAAGCACUUGAAGAAGCUAGAAUAGAAGAUCCGAGUCGAACAUCAAUAAUAAUCGCUCAUCGUCUUUCAACGAUUCGAUCAUGUGAUGUGAUUUAUGUAGUCGAUGAAGGACGAAUAAUUGAAAGUGGUACCCAUACAGAAUUAAUAGAGAGAGAUGGAGCUUACUCAAAAAUGCUUCGUCAAAAUGUUGUACUAUAA